AACCCGUUUACGGGCAAUUAUUGGACGUUAGUCCUGUCCCUGUCGUGAUUUGCCAUGGGCCGUUCGGUGCUUUUCGUGGCAGCCCUCGCGGGUCUGCUUGGCCUCCUCAAGGGCUCAACUGCUGCGCAAGUCCCCGUGGUCUUGUGGCAUGGCAUGGGCGACAGCUGCUACAAUGACUUCAGCAUGGGCCGCAUCGAAAAACUCAUCGCAGACCGCCUCGGCGAGGGGACCUACGUCACUUCCCUGUGCUUCGGGAACAACCUCGUUGAGGACUCAGCCAGCGGCUUCAUCAUGGAGUCCAACAAGCAAGUGGAGAAGGCCUGCCGGGUGAUCGCGGAGGACGAGAACCUCAAGGACGGGUACCACGCUGUAGGCCUGUCACAGGGUGGCCAGUUCUUGCGGGCCGUGGCGCAGCGCUGCCCCUCGCCGCCGAUGAAGGUGCUGGUGUCCCUGGGCGGCCAGCACCAGGGCGUGUACGGCCUGCCACACUGCCAGUCCGGCAUCAUCUGCAACGCCGUCCGGAAGCUCUUGUCCGUCGGGGCGUACUGGCCCUUGGUCCAGGACAUCCUGGUGCAGGCGCAGUACUGGCACGACGCGCACAGCCCGCAGCGCUACCGCCGCGGCAGCACCUUCCUGGCGGACAUCAACAAUGACGUGCAGCACGCCAGCGACCGCAACAGCAGCUACGCCGAGAACCUCACCAAGCUGGACAAGCUGGUCCUGGUGCGCUUCAACAACGACAGCAUGGUGGUGCCCAGGGCGUCCAGUUGGUUCGAGUUCUACGCGCCGGGCUCCACCAGCGAGAUCCUGCCGCUGGAGGAGAGCGCCAUCUACAAGGAGGACUGGAUUGGGUUGAAGCAGCUCGCCGAGACAGGCCGUCUGGUGCGACUCGCCGUCAACGGCGACCACCUUCGCUUCUCCAACUCCUGGUUCCUCUCCGAGAUUGUCGACAAGUACCUCCGUACGGUCGACUAGGCGGAAGCGGAAGCACUGCAACGGUGUGUGGCGCACAGCACUGUGAAAAUUUGUCGUCACUUGAUGACAAAAACGCGUGGAUGAUACUUUCAUCACUUUGAAAUGAUGACAAUCUCGAUCACAAAUUGACGGCAUUUUCAUCAAAGCUCCUAUACUUAUUGCAUGGGCAUGACAACAAUGUCGUCAAUUGUUUUGGUGACAUUGUUAGAAAACUUAGCCUCGAAAUUGUCAUCAAAUGACGACUCAAAUUUUUACAGUGAGUGUGGCCCUCGCCUGUGAUUCUCACCGACAUAAAAACUUUUGGGCCUCCUCCUC